UUCAAAUAGCUGAAGCAAGCUUGUUAAAUGUAUAUGUCAAGUCAACUGUCAAAGCAACAGUUGCCGAUGGCGCUGGUGUGGUGUCAAAAACUUGAUGGAGCCGUAAGUUUAAUGAGGGUCGGUCUUGUAUUAAAUGCCGCUACCAACAACCCCCGGAACCCAUUUAAUGGAUGAGAAAUGAGAAAGGUGUAAUUUCAUGUCUCUUGAUAUUUUUUUUCCUUUCCUUCUUCUAUAUUGGUUGUUUAGACGUUGAAUAUGGAGUAGGAGCAGAAACAUCAGCAGUAGAAGAAUAGAGAAUUGCGCAUCCGGUGGUCGGUUUGCCAACUCAAAUUGUGUUGAGGCUUUUUCUGCAUGGGUUUGUUCUUAACCUAAUGUUCACUUGGUCAACUCAUCCAUUACUCGUUUCUCCGUCCUCACAACUUUCUCGCCUACUGUCUCUCUCUCGCUUGCAUAUAUAACUUUUCAUCUCUGUUAUAGCUCCUUGAAUGGUUGUUUUACAAUCAAGAUUUAAGCUUCAAAAAUUUAAUUAGGAUGAAGAAUUCAGCUAAUCACGUAAUGAUGGAGAUAGAGUCAAGCAAACCGGCAGGAAAUGGGAUGGUGGUUGGGGGUUUGAGUCCUCUAAGCGAGACUCUUUGGAGAGAAAAGGCAAGCACAGAAUUUGUAGGGGAUGUUUCGGCUAGGCUUACAUGGAAGGAUCUAACGGUGAUGGUGAGCCUCAGCAAUGGGGAGACACAAAAUGUUUUGGAGGGUCUCACUGGUUAUGCUGAACCAGGAACUAUCACGGCGCUCAUGGGUCCAUCUGGUUCUGGCAAAUCCACUCUGCUUGAUGCUCUCUCUAGCCGCCUUGCUGCCAAUGCUUUCCUUUCGGGGACCAUUCUGCUUAAUGGUCGUAAAACCAAGCUCUCUUUCGGAGCGGCAGCCUAUGUGACACAAGAUGACAACUUGAUCGGUACUCUAACGGUGAGGGAAACAAUCUGGUAUUCGGCUCGACUACGUCUCCCUGAUAAGAUGCCUCGGUCGGAGAAGCGGGCGUUGGUUGAGAGUACCAUAAUAGAGAUGGGUCUUCAAGACUGUGCAGAUACAGUUAUCGGAAAUUGGCAUUUGCGUGGGAUUAGUGGAGGAGAAAAACGAAGAGUCAGCAUUGCUCUUGAAAUCCUUAUGAGGCCUAGAUUGCUGUUUCUUGAUGAACCAACAAGCGGACUUGACAGUGCUUCAGCUUUCUUUGUAACACAGACAUUACGUGGUCUGUCUAGAGAUGGAAGGACUGUCAUAGCUUCAAUUCACCAGCCAAGUAGUGAAGUGUUUGAGCUCUUUGAUAGACUGUACUUGCUUUCAGGAGGCAAAACUGUUUAUUUUGGUCAGGCUUCAGAAGCAUACGAGUUCUUUGCACAAGCUGGCUUUCCUUGCCCUGCCCUGAGAAACCCCUCUGAUCAUUUUCUUAGAUGCAUCAAUUCUGACUUUGACAAAGUAAAGGCUACUUUGAAGGGGUCCAUGAAACUGCGGUUUGAGUCAAGUGAAGAUCCUUUGGAGAAGAUAACAACAGCUGAAGCCAUACGAACUCUUGUUGACUACUACCGUUCUUCUCAGUACUAUUAUGCUGCAAGAGAAAAAGUUGAGGAGAUAUCUAAAGUUAAAGGAACUGUGCUAGAUUCAGGAGGAAGUCAGGCUAGUUUCCUGUUGCAGGCCUUUAUUCUAACCAAACGUUCAUUCAUUAAUAUGUCAAGGGACUUUGGCUAUUACUGGCUCAGGCUUGUGAUUUACAUUGUGGUCACCAUCUGCAUUGGAACUAUCUACUUGAAUGUCGGCACAGGUUACAAUUCAAUCCUGGCGAGAGGUUCAUGUGCCUCCUUUGUCUUUGGUUUUGUCACUUUCAUGUCAAUUGGUGGAUUUCCUUCUUUUGUAGAAGAUAUGAAGGUGUUCCAAAGAGAGAGGCUGAAUGGCCACUAUGGUGUGACUUCUUUUGUGAUUAGCAACACAAUCUCUGCAAUGCCAUUCCUGAUAAUGAUCACUUUUAUCUCUGGAACCAUUUGUUACUUUAUGGUCCGCCUUCACCCAGGUUUCGAACAUUAUUUAUUCUUCGUGUUGUGCCUUUAUGCAAGUGUCACCGUGGUUGAGAGCUUGAUGAUGGCCAUAGCUAGCAUUGUCCCCAACUUCCUCAUGGGUAUCAUCAUCGGAGCUGGAAUUCAGGGAAUAUUCAUGCUAGUCUCUGGAUACUUUAGGCUUCCGAAUGACAUACCAAAACCUGUUUGGCGCUAUCCGAUGUCAUAUAUUAGUUUCCAUUUCUGGGCUCUACAGGGGCAGUAUCAGAAUGAUUUAAGAGGCUUGAUGUUCGACAACCAGACGCCAGAUCUUCCCAAGAUUCCUGGAGAAUACAUCCUGGAAAAUAUAUUCCAGAUUGAUGUGCACAGAUCAAAAUGGGUGGACCUAAGUGUCAUCUUCAGCAUGAUUGUCGUCUACCGCAUAAUCUUUUUUAUUAUGAUCAAGAUAAGUGAAGAUGUCACGCCUUGGAUAAGAGGUUACAUAGCAAGGAGAAGAAUGCAGCAGAAGAAUGGAACUCAAAAUACAACUGUAGCUCCCGAUGGUCUAACGCAGUCCCCUUCUUUGAGAAAUUACGUAGCCAAUCGACCAAGUGGUAAAAGGUAGAUGAAAGAUAAGCUAGUAUGGUAUUCCAAUUUGGAGGAGCAUGCCACGAUAGGCAAAAUUAUAUUAAUCCUUCUAACAUUCUAUCCAAUCCUUAAGCAUAUAUAAUAUGAAAUGAAAUACAUGUACCUUAAGGCUUUCACUUCAGUUUAAAGAGAUGUUAUUGGCAAGUGCGGGCCCUCUAAAUGAUAUUUCAUUAUGCAAAAUAAGACUAUUUAUGCUUUUCUGAA